AUUUCUAGGCGAGGCCACGUUGAAUUCUUAUAUGCAGCCCUGAAGAGGAUGUCUGACUUCAAUGCCCACCAAGAUAUAGAGACGUACAAGAAGUUACUCAGUGUUUUUCCCAAAUACAAAAUGAUACCAAAGAAUGUUUGGCAGGUCGAGUUCAUGCACUACCCCAAACAACAACAAUGUUGCAUAGAUAUUUUAGAUUACAUGGAAAGUCAAGGAGUUGUCCCUGAUGACGAUCUUGGUUACCAGUUAAGAGAUUUGUUUGGUCAGAACUCGCAUGUGUUCAGAAAGUAUAGAAGGAUGAUGUUUUGGAUGCCAAAAUUUAAAUUUCAGAAUCCAUAUUACGUGCCAUACGAACUACCAUCGAACCAUAUUGAACUGGCUCGGAUGGCUCUUAAGAGAAUGUCUGUCGAUCUCGCAACAGAAAUUUCUGUUUUUCACACAGAAGACAUCGCGACAUCUAACGACAAGACCUUCAUAGUAUCAGCACAAAGCCCUGAACAGGCAUCAAUCCUCAAACAACUGCCGAAAAAUGAGUCACUACUCGUCGAAGGUGGCUUCACAGUUUGGUUGAGGUCAAAGACCUUGACCUAUUUUGUCCUAAAAUCAGAACGAAACGAUAAUUUUCUCAAAUUUCAGGCAGAUUUUCAACCACAUGAUUAUAAACAGGCCACUGAAAAACGCGAGAUGAAUUUGUACACUUUUGAUAAGGAGCCAUCGGAGCAUAACAAGAGUCUCGUCCUACCGCCCAGCAUCCAUGAACAAGAGGAUGGUACUACACUGGCGAUGUGUCUUACAGGUACAUCUUCAAAAGAUUCACUAGCAUCGUGGAUAAAAUUUCUGGAGCGAAGCAAUCCGUCACUCUCAAAUAUUCCCGUCCUACUGAUGCUGAAAUCUGCUACAAACGAACUCGAAGUUAUCCGGAAAAAUAAUAAUAAUGAUGAUAAUAUGUAA